GAUGAGGAUGAGGAUGAGGAGAGUCACCAUUCUUCUUCCUCUGAUACUCUGACGUGUAGUUUUGCAGAGGAUUUGGAAGAAAUGCUCAACCAAAUUGAGGAUUUGAAAGAAAAUAUGGAACAGAUGGAUUCCAACCCGAAAUCUGCUGACAUCAGCCUUUUAUCAGUGAAAUCUGGGUCUGACGGCAACCCCUGUUUCAAAAACACUGAAACAGAAAAUCUGGACUUCAAAGACGACGUCUCCAGAGGCUUUAGUCCUAAAACUGCUGAUGCUCCACAAACUGCAACAGCCUCAGUUACUGAAGUCCCAUUUGACAACGCUGCUCCAGACUCACACGCUCCGUCUACAACAGCUGAACUUCUCAGCAUUUGUCCUCAUGUGGACGUCCGUGCAGGAGACACUCGUCUGAUUCCAUUCAGACCUAAAACUCCCAUCAUGGCCGACGGGUCGUCAGAGGAAUCAAGACAGAUGCUCAACCUCCUGGAUGAACUUGAACAAAGUGAGAUCUUUCCAACGCUGAAGGCCGUAAAGGAUACUCCCAGUUUGGAGUUUUUUCAUGGUGGAUGUCUGAGGCGGCGUGCAGGGCGUGGAACUGAGAUUCAACAGGCUGCCCGUGCCUUGCUUCAGGGAGCGGCUCGCCUCCUGGACCUGAGGGAAGGUUUCUUUGUAGAAAAACCGGUUACCAACCACAGCAAGCUUAAGGCGGUCAGCUCCAGACACAAGAAGCUCCUUCAGGUCUUCAGCUGCCAGUUAUCGUUUGCUCAGCAUUUGUUUCAGCGUGAACCGAAAACCCUCGAGGGUCAAGAGGAUGAAAGGGUGCAGCUGGAGACUAGGUACAAAGCCCUGCUGCAGCCGGCGCUCCAGCAGGACGCGUCUUCUCAAAUGCUGCUUCAGGAGUGUUGGGAGGAAUGCUGUGCUCGGCUGGGUGAGGCUCUGGAUGAGGCCGGAGGCGGCGGCAGGGAGCUGGAGGGAGACGGCGAGGAGGAGGAGGAGGAAGUGCAGCGCAGGCUCGAUGCCUGCGAGCAGACUCUCCACCGACUGCAGGACAGCAGAGCCGUGUUGGGUCUGCUUCUGGAUCUGGAGACCCUCCUGCAGGCUGAUCCCACGUCUGCAGCAUCAGUCCGGCCAGCAGGAGGCGUCCUGGAGCUGCGGUGGAGGAGCGCCUGCAGGAAAGCAGAGCGAGAGGUGCAAUGCUGCAGAAAGAUCAGGGACGGCAGGGUCAGAUUCCAGACUGGCUUGGACUCGCUCUCCGACCGGCAGCAGGAAGCCAGCGAGCGGAUGAAGGCUCUGGCGGCUCUGGCAGGCCCCUCCCAUCAGGAUCCAGACUUUGUUCAGAGCAGCUUGUUGAAGCUGUUGGAUUUCUCCAUGGAGAUGGAGGCCGUGUCCACUCUCAGGGCGUCUGUGUCGCAGGACGCCGGCCACCUGAAGCACGCCGACGCCAGGAGACUCCACCUCAACGAGCUGGAGGUCGGCUGGAGCCAGAUGACCUCUGACCUCUCCAUGAUGCAAGAGCAUUUGUUACAGCUGGCUGUGUGGCCCCCCCUGAACCUGCUGUCUGGAAUGGAGGAUCGGCGGAAGUCAAUGGAGGUCCAACUUCACCAGAAGAAGGAACGUCUCCAUAAAACCCAAAAUGCAGCUGAAGUCACUGAAAUCCUGCAGCAAUAUCAGGGGUUGAAGGCGGCUGCAGCACGGGUUGUAUUUCUCCUGGACUUCCUGUCCCAACCAGAGUCUGGGAUUAUGGGAACAGACCUCCAGGCUCUCUUCUCAGAGCGUAUGGCGUUCGCUGAGGAGUUUGGCGCCAUCAGAUUUCGGUGGCUCCUCUUUCAGACGGAGCUGAAGACUCAGACUUGUGAAGCGGAACAGCUCCGCCGUACCUGUGCCGAGCGGGAGCGGCACCUGCAGGGCCUUUGCAGCUGGAUCCAGCUGCAGGAGGAGCAGCUGGAUCAAGUGAAGCGGAGCGGCAGCCAAAGUCUCACUCAGAAAGCUCUUCUGGAGUGGGAGGAGAAGGAGAAAGAGGUUUCUGCAGCUCUGCAGGGGAUGAAGAUCAGGAAAGAGUCUGAUGACCUGGAAGAAAAGCACCUGAGUGACGUCGUCUUCUCUGAUCAAGUGGAGAGCGUCACCCAUGCUUUUGAGGAGCUUUGCAGUCAGGUAGAAGCUCUGAGGUGGGUUCUUCAAAGAACCACAGAGGACUGGGCUCUCUUCCAGAAUCAUCUGCAGGAUGUGACCCUGCUGGCCUGUAGGCUGCGCUUUUCCCUGCAGCUCCAGCGCGCUCCUGUCUUCUCGCUGAAGCAGGCCGAGGAGGAGUCAGACCUCCUCCAGGAUCUGCAGGUGAAGGCCAUGGAAUGGGGGGGGCUCUGGGCGGCUGUGGACAAAUCCUAUCAGAGGCUUGCGGCGAGCCGGCCUCCUGCAGCCACACAGGUACUCAGCCAUUCGCUGGAGGCCGAACCAAAGCGUUGGAAGGACGUGGUGCAGGAGAUACAGGACAAGUACCUAAAGACCAGGAGGAUGAUUUCUCUGUGGCAGAAGUACAGUCAAGUCUCUGACAGCUGCUUUUCUCACCUGCAACUCCUGUGGCACGAGUGGGACAGAGCUUCCUCAAACCAACAAAACCCCGAAGCCUCGGUUUGUCUGUUGGAGAGUGCUGCUAAUGAGCUGCAAAGCACUGUGGGAGAUGUUCUGAUGGCGUCAAAGCCUCUCCUUGAUUGGUUAGACCCAUGUGCCGCAAACUUGAUCCAUUCAGAAACCAGGCUUCUGUCGCGUGACGUUUUGCUGCUGAAGCAGGCGGUCUUGGCACAAAAGAGGAGCCUCGAGAUCCACUUGCAGCAGCAGAACCUGUUCCAGGCUCAGCUGGAGGCUUUGGAGAAGCAGAUGCAGAACCUGGUCCAUAAAGUCCAAACUCCUGUUAAUGACACAGAUUCUGCAAAGGAACUUCUGCAGGAGCUUAGUGCUUUGCUUCCAUCGUUGGUGGAAAUCAAGGAGACAAGUCAAGAUGUUGUCCUGAAUAACCAGGAGAGGCUGCAGGAGCUCUGCAGGAGGUGGAGGGACAGCAUGACCCAGGCCUCACACCUGUACAGGAGGCUGCAUGAAGAGCUGCAGCGAUCCAGGAGCUUUGAGGAGAACCUUAAGAACCUAAAAUCCAUCCAGGAGGAGCUGGAACGGGAGACUCUGUGCAUGAAGACUACAACGUCCAUGACCCUCCAGGAGAUGCUGGUCGCCCAGCAGCAGCUUCAGGCUGAGAUCAGUGUUGGACAUCAGCUCCUGCAGGAUCUUCUCUGUCAUAACGUCCAGCCUGCAGGGAAAUCAGAAGACAGAUCUGAACUUGUCACCUCUGUGAAGAAGAGCUGGCUCACCUCCGUGUUGGGAAAUGAACAGAACUGGACAUCCAUAAAGCAAUGCCUGCAUCAGUGGAAGGUUUAUCAGUGUGGCACAGCACUUCUGCAGAGGCUCUUUGAGACCCUGGAGGCUGUCCUGCCUCUAACGGGACUGUCUCUGUACUCAUUAGAACAGCUGCAAAGCUGCACGAAUCUUCUCCAAUGUGUUGAGAAGUCUGUGGGUCAACAUAUUGCUGUAUACACUCAGACUGUGGGGGCUGCAGACCAUUUGCUGGAAAUCAUUCCUGAGUGGGAGGGUCGGACUCGACUGAAGGCGGAGCUUCAGGAAACAAAGGAGAUGUGGCAAAAAACCACAUUACUCUUGAGGAGAAACCAGGAACUGGUUGAUACCGCCAUCCAGAUGUGGGCCCAGUGUCAGGAUGGGAUAACCGAGGUCGAAUCUGAACUGGACAACGUGAAGCAACGUCUGGCUGAAAAUUUUGAAGAAUUUAAGGAGACAGGGGUUAUCCAGGAGAUGGAGCUGUGCCUGCAGCGUUCCUCCGCCGGGCUGAGGGAAUCGGCCUCCAUCAGGACCCGCCUGUCCCAGCACGUCGCAGCCAGCGACGCCGCCGUGCUGGAGCAGCAGCUGGAGCAACUCCACGCCCAAUGGGAAGAGCUGUGUGUGAAGGUUUCUUUGCGCAAACAAGAAAUCGCUGACCGUCUUAAUGCUUGGACCAUUUUCAAUGACAAGAACAGGGAGUUUAGUGAUUGGCUGACUCAGAUGGAGAAGAAGAUCUACCACACAGGAGAUCUGAGCAUUGAGGAGAUGGUGGAGAAACUGAAGAAGGACUGCAUGGAGGAAAUGAACCUGUUCAGUGAGAACAAGAGCCACCUGAAGCAGCUAGGGGAGCAGCUGCUGCUGGCCAGCGACGAGGCCAAGCAGACCCAGGUCCGUGGGUCGCUGCAGGAGGUCAAUCAGCGGUGGAACGACCUCUUUCACCACAUCGGAGCCAGAGUGAAGAAGCUGAAGGAGACUCUGGUGACGGUGGAGCAGCUGGACAAGAACAUGAGUAACCUCCGCUCGUGGCUUUCCCGCGUGGAGGCGGAGCUAUCCAGACCCAUCACCUACAGCGUCUGUCACCAGCGGGAGAUCCAGAGGAGGCUGGCCGAGCAGCAGGCCCUGCAGGAGGACGUGGAGCAGCACGCUGAGGCUGUUGCAUCAGUGCUCAGUCUGUGCGGCGUGUUGCUGCAGGAUGAAGACGCAGCCGCAGGAACGCAGGCAGAGACCGACUCCCUGCAGGAAACCAGCCACAGCCUGGACCAGCGCUGGACGACCAUCUGCACUUUGGCUCUGGAUCGUAGACUCAGGGUCGAGGAGACGUGGACUCUCUGGUGCAAAUUCCUCAACGACUACUCUUGCUUUGAGGACUGGCUUAAGAUCGCUGAGACAACUGCUGCCAACCCCAACUCUGCAGAUGUUCCCUUCACGCUCGCCAAAGAGGAACUUGUGAAGUUUGAGGGCAUCCAGAGGCAAGUGAACGAACGUUUGACCCAGUUGGAAAUUCUCAACAACCAGUAUCGCCGCCUGGCCCGGGAGAGCCGAACCGACAGAGCCGGCCAGCUCCAGGCCAUGGUCCGGGAGGGGAACCGGCGCUGGGACCUGCUGCACCGCCGGGUGACCUCCAUCCUCCGCAGACUCAGGCAUUUUACCGGCCAGCGGGAGGAGUUUGAAGGCACCAGAAAGAGCAUGCUGGUGUGGCUGACGGAGCUGGACCUGCAGCUCACCAACGUGGAGCACUUUUCAGAGAGCGACGUCCAUCACAAGAUACAGCAGCUCAACAGUUUCCAGAAGGAGAUCACGCUGAACACGGAGCGCAUCGACGGCCUGAUCGUGUUCGGAGAGGGUCUGAUCAAGAAAAGUUCACCUCAGGAUGCAGAGUUGAUCGAGGACGAGCUGGAGGAGCUCCACUCGUACUGCCAGGAGGUUUUCAGCAGGCUGGUCCGUUUCCACCAGCGCCUGAGCCGGCAUGUGAAGAUCAGACAGGAGCCAGAGCCUUCUGGGGUCACGUUCUCCUUAGAAUCAAGCUUGGAGCUGAUUGGUCGACCCUGGCUAGGGCGGAGUCAAGGGAGCCUCCCAGCCACGCCCACCCAUCUGCUGACUUCCCCACUGGAGCGGUCGGGCAGGGAGACGCCAGUGAGUGUGGAUUCCUUACCUCUGGAGUGGGACCACACUGGGGAUGUGGGCUCAUCCUCACAUGAAGAUGAUGAGGAUGAUGAAGAAGAGGGGCCAGCUUACUUCACUGCACUAUCAGGCGGGUCUCCUCAGGUUCUUCAGUGUCCAGGUUGGCAAACAUCUGGAGAACAGGAGCUGGACGCUGAGGACCAUGGCGUGACCACGCCCACCCUCAGCAGCACUCCUCUGAAGCCGGCUUAUCUGCGCCUCACCUCUCAGUGCAGCGGCAGCAUCCAGAACCUGAAGAGAGUGUCGCUGAUCCUGGAUGACGAGGAGCAGCUGGAGGAGUUUGGGCUGACGGGACUCGCACCUUCAGACCAGCAGUCGGCAGGUGUGAUCGAGCGCUGGGAGCUUGUCAGGGCUCAGUCCAGGCAGCAGGCCGGUCCUCAGGAGCCUCAGCAACUCACCUCUGAUCUGGAUGACAUCACUUCCUGGUUGGAGGCCGUGAUUCCUGAGCUGGAGCUCCUCCAGCAGUCCGACCCAGCAGCCAGUAUCUCUGACAUGGAAGAUAGAGCCAAAGAAAUCAAAGAGAUGCAGAAGAUGUUCGCCCACUACAAGUCCACCAUGCUGUCCCUCAACCUGCAGGCUGAGGAAGCUCCUGACAGACUGAUGGCGGUGAACAGAGAGUGGAGCAGAGCCAGCACAGCGCUGCAGCAAUGGGACUGCAGUCUGAGGAAGACUCUGAUGCGCUGCCAGGAGUUCCACGAAAGCUUGCACUCUCUGCUGCUGUGGCUGCCUCAUGGGGAGAGCAGACGCUACACGGUGGACAUCAACCACCCAGGAACGACGGCCGGAGCCCUGGGGCGCCAUUACAGCACGCUCAGCGAGCUGCAGGAGGAGCUGCGGGUCAGGCAGACCCAGCAGGCCGCCUUGCAGGCUUUGUGGUCUCAGCUCCAGCCUGAAGACGGUCUUGAGGGGAGAGAAGACACCCAGCAGAAGCUCCAUGUGACGGGGAGCAAGCUGCAGCUGCUCCAGAGGCAGGUGGAGGAGGACCUCUGCGCCUUACGCCAGCAUCUGGACUCUGCGGCAGUGGCGGUCCAGAGCGGCGGCGGCGGAGGUGUAGAAGCAUCCCCAGAUGACAGGCGUUCAGAGAAACAACUGUCCUCUCAGAGGAGGCCGUCUCCACCUCGCUCCUUCUUCCUCCGGGUCCUGCGGGCCGCCUUCCCGCUGCAGCUCCUGCUGCUGCUCCUCCUGCUGCUGCCCUGUUUGAUUCCUCUGUCUGAAGGGGAGCCCGGCUGUACGCUGACCAACAACUUCGCCCGCUCCUUCUACCCCAUGUUACACUACACCAACGGACCUCCACCCACCUAAGUGCACUCUCUCCAUACUGGUUCUCCACAGGAAAACAAUGUAUUCAGAUUUUAAUACUCCCAUCAGGUUUUGAUCUAUUUAAAAGCGUUCCCAGGGGUUUAAGCAUCCCAGCCCCCCUUCCGUCACUUUUCUGAGAGCUUGCAGCUUAUCUUUCUUUCUACGUCACAGCUGCAACCUUUUUUCGAACUGCGUUGUUUUAUCAGUUCCAAUGAAGAAAUACCCAGAAAUGCCACUUUGAACUUAAUUAUCUUUAUCUUUGUCCUCCAUCAUCAGGAAAAUGCCACAAGAACAAGUUCAAAACACCACAAACAUCAUUUUUGUUUGAGUGGGUCUUUAAGGACAUUUGACUCAAACAUGGGUGAACAGCCAAAAAUCUUUUUCCGUAUUUCUAACCCAAAUGUGUUUCAAUGAAUAUAAUUCUAAAGCGUGAGGGUUAGAACCCAACAGGAUCUAAAAAGGCUUUCCACUUCAGUUCUGACAUACAAACAAAAUCUAAGAACAAUCUAAGACACACUGAAGAACAUUUCACAAACUGAUUCCACUAAAAUGCUGUUUAUUUUCCUGCAAUAAAGGAACAUGACAUAUUCAUUUAACAAGAAUUAUAAUAAAACUUAAGUGACUUAGCUGUUCGUACGCUAUGAUCACACCAGGCACGUGUUGCGUGUUCAAGGAACUGCAAUGAUUAAUUUUGUCCUUCAUGAUCAAUUUUCAAACAGUUGAAACUUCCAUGAAGGAACAGGGAGGCUGACCAUACUGCACUACCAAAUCUGAGUCCCUGAUUGGUCAGAGUUCAACUGGUUUAACUUUCACUGUGCGUUUUGUACGUACAGCCCAAAAACGGACUGAAAAACCUCCGUAGCGACAUGUGAACACAAGAGUCUUAAACGCAGAAACAUGCAUAUGUGUUCAUUUACAUAGACUUUUCAUUGAAAGUGGUCGCUUGAACGCACGUUGGCGAGCCCGCUGUGAACGUAGCACUACAGUAAUCAGGUGCUAAUAAAGAUUUGAUUAAAGAACUUUGAUUAAUCCAAUGCUCUUUUUAGUCAUUUCUCAUGGAAAAUGAAAAGUAUUUCUGGUUGAGUUGGCCGGCCAAUUACAGAAGAAUAAAUA